UGGCCUUCGAGAAGGUCGUGCAACUCGUUGAGAUCACCGCAAAUAUGCGGUUGACUGAGUAUCGGCGGGCUGGAUGCGGUUAUGUGCUGCCAUGGCAGCGGGACGAGGGCAUGUUGGAUUGCCAGGCAGGACUCGAGUUGGAGCCUCUGAGCACGGGAACUCGUAGGGGGAUGACGGACGAGGAGAUUGCCCGUCAGGUUGCACUUAUUACCCGGGAUCCCAUUGGGGCGUCCGCACCACCCUCGGCUGAUGCCGUUUUCGAUAGACGUGCUUGCAUUUUUCGUCCCUACCCCAGGGACGACGACUCAGACGAGGAGACGAUACCCGAGGCGGCAGAUGACCCUGCGCUCCGCAUUCCCCGGGAGAUCGACGAGAUGCACGAGGACCCCGGCUCCGAGGACACGAGGACACAGACUGCACGACGGGGGGCGGACCGGGCGGAGAGCAAGAUGCUGGGGGGAGACGAGGACUUUUGGGGCCCAUUCGGUGAGGUCGCUUCCACGGGCGGCCCAGAGGCGCAGGCGACGACCCCCACUCCGACGAGGCGGGAUUCGUCUAUGCCGCCACCUCCUGCUCCGAGUCCUGCACCACGAUCGCCCGUCUCGCCACCUCAGCCGGACAGGGAGGAGUUGGGGUCCUCUUUGCCUCAGCGAGGCCUUCUCCACAGAGGCGGGGCAGUCCGCCAGCUUAGGUUACGAUCACCUUCCCCGGGGAUAGGGCAGGAGGAGGGGGGACCUUCGGCAGCAGCAGUGGAGAGUUCGAUGGCACCAGCGGCUGUGUCGGACGCGACGAUCGGGGCCGCGGUGGAGGAGAUAGCAGCAGCAGCAGCAGCAGCAGUGCUAGAGGAGAUGGCAGCAUCAGUGCUGGCGGAGGAUCCACCAGCGGUAGGAGGAGGUGCAGCAGUGGAGGGGCAGGUGGCAGCAGCAGGAGGAGCAGGUGGAGGAGCAACAACAGUGGAGGUUGAGGUGGCAGCAGCACUGGAGGAGGAGGACGCACCGUCGGCAGCUGCAGUUGAGGAGGAGAUAGCCGCACAGGCCAAGGUGCAGCGUGGGGGCGAUGACGAGCGCCUCAUGCAGCAGUUCCUCAUGGAGGAGCUCGGUCCGGCCAUAGCGGGUAUGACCCCGGGUAUGGAGAGGGGGUUUGGGAUUUCAGAUUCGGAGAUGGGGAACCACUUAGACUUGGAUUUGUCAGUGGGCCUUCCAUCCAGUUGCGGCGGGGCGACAUCGACGGAUCGGGCUCCAUCGAGGGACGAGGCGCUAGGCAGGACUUCGACGCAGACCGCCAGACAGAGGACGACGACUCAGUCUUCAGAUGCAGCACACGACAUCAUGGAGCGAGAGAGGGCUAGACUUUCGUUCGCACGGGCCGUAGAGGACGCCAGGCGUCUAGAGAUAGGGGGGGAUUGUGUGGAGGGUGGGGUGGUGGCGGGGGAGGACGUUGCGGAGGGAGUGGCAGCAGAGUCGGUACCCGAGGCUAUGUCGGGUGGAGCAGAGACAGCGGACGUUGCUGUGGAGGGACGGACUCAGGCGGUGGAUGAGGCAGUGCAGGCAGGACAGCGACGAGUCGAGGGGGCUAUAAACUCACGACGCGAGGGGCAGGAGACAGCGACGGGUCCAGUCGUUCCGUUCUCGGGCCUGCACUUGGCUCAGGCCCGACAGCCGCAGGCGGUUCAGAUGGCAGUGCAUGGUGUGUCACCGCCCGUUAUCACAGAUUUGGGGUCCGAGCCGGUGGUUGUGCCCCCACGUCUUCCUAGCCACUUUGCUCCGCAGGAGGUCCGUCGUCCUUUGGAUGCAGAGGAGUUGGCGAGAGAGGCUGUGCGCGAUGUUACUCGCUUGGACCGGCGGAUCUUCGAUCGGAAGCUCGAGCACCCACCGUGGCAGUCGAUCCCUUCGGUUCCAUGGGGUCCUGCGUCACCCGUGUGGUCUGGGUCUACCUCCACUGGAGGACAUACCGUGGGACAUGUUCCAGGGGUUUCGGGUGGCAGGACGGAGACAGCGCCACGCACAGGAGACAUGCCACCCCCUCCUCCCAGAGCACCUGCAGGUGAUCCAUCAUCGUCACCCACAGGCAGAGGCUCUCGAUCCCCCCACACGCCUGGGAGAUCUAGGAUUCGUGACACGACAGCAGUUCAGCAGGACGUGUGUGACACGACGAUAUUCGGGAGGACAGAUAUACAUUUGGAUUCCACCCGCCGUGUCACGGAGCACAUUGCACGCCUUCAGUCGGGCUUGGGAGGAGGAGGCGCUAGGACGACCACGGCGAGGGAGGUACCGGCAUCGGGUUGUGAGCCUCAGCGAGGUCGUGGCAGAGGAGUGUCGACUGAUACCUUGGAGUACGCUCUGAGAGCAGCGACGCGUGCCGUGCAGGAGCAUACUCCACGCAAGCGUGGAGUACCUCCUCGUCCACGCCCCGUGCCUGCAGAGGGAGGCGCAACACUUGGAGAGAGUUCGRGGGCGGAGGGGUUGGGGAUGCCUCGUGGUUCCCGCCGUGAGCAGACCAUUGCAGAGGCUAGUGCGAGGGUUGUUGUGUUGAGGAAGGGAGGAGGCCCAGUCACCAUCGAGGAGGAUGAUCCUGAUACGGAUGCGGCUGUGCGGGAUGCGGACGAGGACUACGAGGGUGAGGAGGAGGGAGAGGAGGAUAGCAAGAGCGGUUCCGAUGGUGACGACGACGACGACUACGAUGAGCCCCCACCUUCCCCAGGACCCCCACCGACGCGUGCAUCUAGACGCUCCGCUGCACAGACUUCUUCAUCCUCACGAGGGAGGAAGAGGUCGACAUCCGGCACUCGAGGGGGCACGAGGAGACACGGCGGGAAGGGGAAGAAGGGUCGUUGACCGAUGAGGCCAACACUCCACUUCUCCCCUACUUGCAGUGUACGUCGUCAUGUUGUGCAGUUGUAGUUUUUUUGGUAGUCUGAGUCGUCUCGUCUUGUCUCAGUAUUGUCAGACACUC